CCUCCCAGCAGUGAGAAGCCUUUCAGGUGCUUGGAAUGUGGGAAGAGCUUCAGGACGAGCACCAACCUGAUCCGACACCAGCACAUCCACACUGGGGAACGGCCGUAUUUCUGUGGGGAAUGUGGGAAGAGCUUCAUUGACAGCUCCACCCUCCGCAGACACCGGAUGAUCCACACUGGAGAAUGGCCGUACACGUGUGGGGAAUGUGGGAAGAGCUUCAGUGACAGCUCUACCCUCCGCACCCACUGUCACAGCCACACUGGAGAACGGCCCUACAGGUGUGGAGAAUGUGGGAAGAGUUUCAGGGACAGCUCCACCCUCCACACCCACCAGCGCAUCCACACUGGGGAACGGCCCUACAUGUGUAGGGUGUGUGGGAAGAGCUUCAGUGACAGCUCCACCCUCUGCAAACACCAGCACAUCCACACUGGGGAACAGCCCUACACAUGUGGGGAAUGCGGGAAGAGCUUCAGGCAGAGCUCCAACCUCCGCACCCACCAGCGCAUCCACACUGGGGAACGACCAUACACCUGUGGGGAAUGUGGGAAGAGCUUCAGCCAGAGCUGCAGCCUCCGCACCCACCAGCACAUCCACACCAAGGAAUGGCCCUACAAGUGCUUGGAAUGUGGGAAGAGGUUUAGGACCAGCUCAUAUCUCCUCAGGCAUGAGCAGACACACACAGAUGAGAGGCCCUUCUGCUGCACCGACUGUGGGAAGAGCUUCAAUGAGAGCUCCAGUCUUGUGACCCACCAGCGCAUCCACACUGGGGAGAGGCCCUACACCU